UGUGCUCGUGAGUCCAUCUGCAGAAGCUUUUCUUAUUAAUAUAUGCUUUUUUAUUACAUUUACUUGAAAGACAAGUUGUUACCUUGGUUUGUGUCUUGAAACCACAGAAACUGCCACCACAGCACUUAAAUGAUGUCUCGUCAUUCCUGAAACACAGUUCAGGGUUUAAACAUUAAUGGCCAUCGUUUAAAGUUCAUCCUACGGCAGCAUAUCUAACUGAAAGUCAUCCCUCUGAACAUGGCUGAUUUUGGAGAGAUUCUCAGGAAUAUAGGAGAGUUUGGAUUAUUUCAGAAGAUCACUCUUUUUGCUCUUUCCUUCCCAAAUGUCAUUUUUGCUUUUCUCUUAUCCAGUGUAUUUUUCAUUCAGUCCGAUCCAGAGCGACACUGUAAGACAGACUGGAUCCUUCAGACUGACUCUAACCUGACCACAGAGGAGCAGCUGAACCUGACUCUGCCCCGGGAGGAGGAUGGGACCUUCAGCAGGUGUCGGAUGUUUGUCCCUGUGGACUGGGACAUUGGUGCCAUCAGGGAGUACGGACUCAAUGACACCACAGGGUGCCAGAAUGGAUGGGUGUACUUCAACACGCUGUAUGAAGCCACCAUAGUCACUGAUUUUGAUCUAGUUUGUGACCGGGCUAAUUUGUUGGAAAUGGCACGAGCCAUGUUGAUGGCUGGCAUUCUUCUUGGUUGUCUCUUAUUUGGACCUUUUGCUGAAUCGUUUGGUCGUAAACGAGCAACUCAGAUUCCAGUCAUUUUGAUGCUCAUAUUUACUGUAACAACUGGAUUAUGUCCCAACUUCUAUUUAUAUUUGGCAUCCCAGUUCAUGGUGGGAAUUGGCUAUGGAGGUUUUCGAGUGAACUGCGUCAUAUUAGUCACUGAGUGGAUCGGGACGGCCAAAAGAUCAUUGGGUACAUGCGUGACUCAGCUAUUUACUGCAGUUGGACAGUGCAUCCUCGCUGGUGUGAUCUACUUCAUCAGAGACUGGAGACUGGCUCAACCAAUCGCAGCAGCUAUUCUUGCAGUUGUUGCUAUUUACAUAUGGUUUAUUCCAGAGUCAGCCAGGUGGUUGUUGGACAGAGGAAGGACAGAAGAGGCUAAACAGCUGAUUACCAAAGUGGCAGCCAUCAACAAACGCACUGUUCCAGAGUCUCUGCUGGAAUCUCUGCUGAUUGUUGAGAAAAAAACGGAGAAAAGGGGAGGCAUAAUAGUUCUCAUGCAAUCAUCUGUGCUAAGAAAGUAUUUCUUUACCAUAAUAUUGGCAUGGUUCUCACUGAAUGUUGCCUUCUACAGCCUUUCAUUCAAUGUGGGAAAGUUUGGCUUGGACGUCUUCCUGACGCAGUUUAUGUUUGGUCUGACUGAACUACCAGCUCAUAUACUUUGCAUCUGGCUGUUAGAAGCAGUGGGGAGAAAAGUGUCACUGAUGUCAACUCUUCUGAUUGGGGGCUUCAUGUGCAUCUUAAUCCUAGCUGUUCCUAAAGGUAAUGCUGUUGCUGUUACCACGUUAGCAACCUCAGGACGUUUUUUCUCAAUCUGGGCAGGAUCCGUAUGCAAUGUGUAUGUACAGGAACUGUUCCCAACAUCUUUUCGACAAACAGCGUCUGGUUUGGGCUCCAUUGCAAGCAGAGCUGGUGGUUUGACGUCCCCGUUGCUCAACAUGUUGGCCGUGUACCACUGGUCCAUACCCACCAUCAUUUUCAGCAGCCUUACACUGAUCAGUGGAGCUCUUAGCUUCGUGCUUCCUGAGACCAGGAGAAAAGACCUUCCUGAUUCGACCGAUGAGGCCGAGGGCAACAGAAACAAGACAAGCCUGAAGAACCAAAGGGAAUCAAACAAGCCUGCACAAAGGGAAUCUAGUUCAUAUUUACUCUGCUAGCAGCAGAGACUCAGGAUGGUAAAUGUUUAUUAUACCCCUGCGACAACAUAAUCGGGGGUAUAUAGUGCUCCGCGUGCCCGUCCGUCCGUCCUUCCAUCCAUCCUUCUGUCCGUCUUUCCGGCCGUCCGUCCAUUCGAGUGUCACACUUUUGUUUCCGGAGUAUAACUCGAAAACUAUUUAACUUAGGAACUUCUAAUUUGGUAUGAUGGUUGACAGUGUGGUCUAGUUGUGUCUUUUGGGGGUUAGAAGUCCAGGAUGCCCAACAUUUUUGACAUUUUGGCCAAAAAAAUAGAUUUUUUUCGACUUCAAUUUGGUUACCGGAGUAGAACUCAAAAACUAUUUUGCUUAGGAACUUCAAAUUUGGUAUGAUGGUUGACGGUGUGGUCUAGUUGUGCCUUUUGGGGGUUAAAAGUCCAGGGUGCCUAUUUGUUAAUUAGUUCAUGCCCAUUUAUUCCAUUAGUUCCAAAAGGGCAAAACCUUUGGCCCUACUUUAGUGGGGGUCAAGCAGUGAGCGGGGGUAUGUGAGCCAUGCUUUCUUUUGCCUUGUUGGUCAGCUGGUCUGUCAGUCCACAUUGGCCCAUUGUCAUGCAAUACUGGCCACAUUGCUGACGAUAUUCAUGUUUUGGUGCCUCCCCUGAGCAUUCCUCGAGCCACCAAAUUUCCACCUGUACGCAAGACAAAUCAAAUUCUAAUUAGAAGAUUGGCAUGAAACUUACGGAGUACUUUCAUGCUUUCCAUUUUGGACACUCCAUUGGUUUUCUUGUUGUGCCACCCUCAGGCCAAAUGUCAGCACACAAGAUAUCUCAGAUCUCAAGAUCUCACUUGAGAUGUCAAAAAUCUCAAAUCGUAAGCGCUGAUAGCUCUUGAUGUUACUGACAACAUUCAUGCUCACAAGGUAACAAACCCUUUAAAGUAAAAUUACUGUUUUUUUAAACGUACUUUAAAAUAGUACAAGUACAAAAAAUGUAAUCCGUUACUUCCUCCCCUGACUUUGCAUACAUGAUAUUAUGAUGCUUUAACUACUGAUACUAUUGUCAACAACAGUUGUCUGAACUGAACUUUAAGAGCAUGUGUUUUGUGCCACAGAUUUUAUCUUUUCUUCACAUGUAGGCUAUAACCAAUAAUAACAGACUAUAUGAUAGCCUGUAACUACAGAGAGGUGUAAUAGCCUUCAAAGAUCAAUCUCUUCAAGCACCAAUAAA